UCUUUAACUAGACCCCGACCAUCUUUAACUAGACCCUAACCAUCUUUAACUAGACCCUGACCAUCCUUAACUAGACCCUGACCAUCUUUAACUAGACCCUGACCAUCCUUAACUGGAACCCAAACAUUCUUAACCAGACUUGUCCAUGCCCCUGUUACAUCUCAUCAAGCUGUGUGAAUUGAACAGUGAGACAGAUUGUGUGGAGACAGACAUCAGACUGACGACGUCUCUGUUUCCAUAGUGACAGACGUACACAUCCGGACCAUGAUUCAGCUUCGUGCCUCCAACGCCGCCAUCUUCACUGGGCGGAAGAACUCGGCCAUGAGAGGCUGGAGCUUGAACUGUCGUCGUGCGCCACCUCAGGUGUGUGAGCUGAACUGAAAAUCAAAGUCACUGGUUCAGAUCAAAGGCAGAUUCACAGCGGGAUGAUCUGUGCUGCAGGGCCAUCGGGAGGGAGAUGGGGCUCCAGGGGCUGAUGUCGGCUCGGCAGCUGAAGAAGAAAUGGAACAACUUGAAAGAAAAGUACAAGGUGCUGAAGAACCCUCCGGUGGGAAUCGAGAACUCGACCAGACCCAGCUCGUGGCGUUGGUUUCACCUGAUGGACCAGGCCAUGAGCGGCGGCCUGGCUGGGACCGCUAACGUUGUGCAGCCCUCCCUGUUGGAUGAAGACGAGGCACACGCCGCAGACCUGCCUCCCCUCAGCCCUCACAGCAUGGAGGAGGAUUUUUCUGCGUUCAGCACCGUGGAAGCAGGAAGUCUGGAAGGGGUGGGGGGGCUUGGGGGGAUCCUGGAGGGAACCAGAGUUGAACCACCUGCAGAUGUUAAAAUCACAGACAGUCAAUCUGUGAUAAAGGGAAGCACGUUACCGCCGGACUGCACCACUGCUGCUGCACCAAACACCAACAAGACAAGCUUCUCCACAGGAAACAUGGUGCAGGACGCCAUGGAGCUGGACAGGAAGCUGUCUGAGCUGCAGAGGGAGAGGCGGGCUUUGGAGAGAGAGCAGGCAGAGUUCGACAGGGAGCUGAUCGCUUUAGAGAGAGACCGAGCGCUGCUGAACAGAGACAUGAUCGCCCUGCAGCGAGAGCUGACGGCUGUAGAGAGAGAGCGAGCGGCUGUGGACAGAGACCGAGCGUUUCUGGAGAGAGACAGAGCGUUUCUGGAGAGAGACAGAGCUGUUCUAGAUAGAGACAGAGUGUUUGUGGAAAGAGCUCAAGACGACUUGGAGAGAGAGAGAGCACUGUUCAGGAGAGAGAGGGAGGCGGCCAGAGGUUCAGCUGAGAUGACAACAGAGGAGGUGGUUCUUCAGACCAGGUUCUACCAGAACCUGAGGCCUGCAGAUCUGGACCCAGACCAGCUGGAGACCAGACAGAGACUCUUGUCUUUGUUCCAGAAGCUGGUGGAGAAACUGUGAGAAACUGAUCAGCUCCUGUUCCUUCAAAAUAAAAGCAGCUGGACUGGGAUGAGCGUAAUGUUCUUUCAAAAUAAAAGCAACUGAACUGGGAUCAGCUUGUGUUCUUUCAAA